AUGUCCAAAGCACUUCAAAUCCCUCACGAGGGCAUUACUUUCCAUGUUACCUACAAGAUCGACCCUAGCAACGUCGAUAAAUUCAUCGAAGCUCUUCGACCAGCAUGGGAAGCCACAUGCAACAUGCCCGAGUGUAUAUAUUUUGACGUCUUCCAUUUCUCAUCGGAGCCCGGCACGUUCCGCAUCACGGAGGUCUGGAACAGAGAUAUGGAAUGGAUCGAGGAAAAUCAUGUCGCCAAGGAUCAUUACCAGCGGUACCGGAAUGCCAUCGGAUCAAUAGUGCUGAAGAGGGAGUUCGAAAUCCUCGAUCGUCUGCAGAAGUGGAGCAUCGUCAAAAAAGGAUACUUGGAAGGAAGUGUCAAAACGAAGGACGAGCUGUGA